AUGAACCACGCGGGGGCCGUGUCAGCAGACGACAUCAGAAUCGUCAUGAACACCGCAGACAGCUCGAUCCUGCACUUCCUGUACGUGGAGCGUCGAACAGCGACACCUGUCCAGAAGCGAUUCCUCGUCUUGGUCGCAGCGGCUCACGUCUUUCUGUACGUCGUCCUGCGAGAGAUCCCGACUACCGGGCACAUGAUCCGGCUCUUGGUGGCGCGCAUGCGGGCCGCGCUGGACGACGCAGACUCCAUCGCACUCAUCUGGGUCUCCCACGACGCCGCCCUGCUCUGGAUCCUCUUCGUCGGUAUCGUCGGGUCCGGAACAACAGAGGACCGCCAGUGGUUCGCUUCGAGAUUGCACAAGCUUCUGGACAGAGCCGGCGACGUGUUGCCCCCAGAGCGAUGUAACCGCGAAACCUUACAGCAGAUGCUCGCGGGAUUUCUUUGGCGGGACGAGCGAUGUCUGCCGGUCCUGGAGGAAAUCUGGGGGAGUCACACGCAGCAACAGAGUACCCAUACCUAUUCGGCGGUCAAAUAA